AUGGAAUCUGUUAAGCCUUCAGCAGUGACGCCACGCAAGAGUAAAUUGUCUCGAACUGUUUCAAAGGUUCUUUGUGUAAAAUCAAUGUCUGGAAUUGCACAAGUUGAGGGACUGCAGAAUGUUAAAGCUGACGAAGGAAAUAUGACACAUAGUGAAGAAGAUGAAGAGCUUGAGAAAAAACUGGUCGUGGAAGCUUUGGUUUCGAGAGUUUUUGCUAGCAUUUCGGCUAUAAAAGCUUCAUAUGCUCAGCUACAAUAUGCUCAAUCGCCUUAUGACCCUGAUGGAAUUCAAGAUGCUGAUAAACUAUUAGUAUUGGAAUUGAAAACCUUAUCUGAACUAAGGCAGUGUUGGUUCAAAAAACAGUUUCAUUUUGAUCCUUCGCCAGAGGAGGCAAUUGUUGUAGCCGAAUCGAAAGAGCUUAAGAGUGUUAUAAAAACCUAUAAGAUAAUGGGGAAGAAGUUUGAAUCACAAACACGGCUUAAAGACUCUGAGAUUAUGUUUCUUAAAGAGAAGUUAGAGGAAGCAAAUAAACAAAACAAGUCAAUUGAAAAGAGGUUAAAUCAAAGUGGUUCGUUAUCCUCUCUUGAUAAUCUUCACAUCUCAGGACUAAGUCCUACACAUUUUAUAUCCGUUCUUCGCCACACGGUUAAAUCAACCCGAAGCUUUGUGAAGUUGUUGGUGAAUGAAAUGAGAUCCGCCGGUUGGGAUAUUGAUGCAUCGGUGAAUGCCAUUAUCAGAGAGAAUGUUGUUUAUUUGAAAGAAAAUCACAAAUGUUUCGCAAUUGAGUCUUUUGUUUGUAGGGAAAUGUUCGAUUCUUUCAACUUCCCUAAUUUCAAUCUUCGUCCUACCGAGUUUCUUCCCGAUAGAAACAAAACACAGUUUUUCUUUUCGAAUUUCAACGAGUUAAAAUCCGUGAAAGCAAAAGAGUUUCUCGGUUCAAAACCAAAAUCAGCUUUUGCAAAAUUUUGCAGGGCGAAAUACUUAAGAGUAGUUCACCCUCAAAUGGAGGCAUCAUUUUUCGGUGACACGAAGCUGAGAAUCAACACGGUGAACGGCGGAGAAUUCCCCGAUGACAACCACUUGUUCACAUCGUUUGCUGAAAUGGCUAAGAGGGUAUGGCUUUUACAUUGCUUAUCCUUUUCUUUUGAACCUCAAGCUGAAAUCUUUCAAGUAGGGAAAGGAUGUAGAUUCUCUGAUGUUUACAUGGAGAGUGUUGUGAAUGAUGAAGAAGUAGCAAUAGCAGUGGAAUGUGAGCCACAAGUUGGUUUCACUGUGGUUCCAGGUUUUAAGAUAGGUAAAACUGUUAUACAGUGCCAAGUUUACCUCUCACAGGUAUUACAGCAAAAAGCUCAAGUUAAAAAAAGUGUUAGUUCCAUGAAGCAAAGGUAG